CAAAACAUCCCAAUAUGUACACACAGUCUAUGCACGCCGAGACUUCCACACAAACCCUCUUCGAAUUUAUCCGCGACAAUCCCCUUGGUAUACUCACCACUGCCAUUCCCUCGACCACGCAACCGCUCAUUCAAUCCACGCAUAUCCCCUGGAUUCUAGACACCGACGGAGAACCCCACCCGUCUAACCUCGGCAACGCGCAAGCCAAUGCCGGCGAGAAUGAGAGUCCCCCGGCCCGCCUCCGCGGGCACAUCGCGCGCCAAAACCCCCAAUCAGCAACCCUGAUUGAAGCUGUCCAGUCCCUGGGUCUCCCGUCUGGAUCUUAUCUACCACAUGAGACUCACGAAGUCAUGAUCCUAUUCACCUCGCCGCACCACCACUACGUGACACCGAAGUUCUACACCGAGUCGAAGCCCGCGACGGGAAAGGUGGCGCCGACGUGGAAUUAUUCGGCUGUGCAGGCCUACGGCACUAUUAGAGUCUACUUCGAUCCCGCCGCUGAGGAGACGGGGGCGUAUCUGGAUCACCAGAUUCGGGAUCUAUCGGCGCAUUGCGAGGGUCAUGCCAUGGGGUUCACCGGGGCGGAGAAUGGUAGACCGGAGGCGUGGAGGGUGGACGAGGCGCCGGAGGGGUAUUUGAAGGUGUUGAAGAGGAAUAUUGUUGGUUUGGAAGUGGACGUGAGGAGGAUUAGUGGGAAGGUGAAGAUGAGUCAGGAGAAGGGAGGGGGAGAUAGAGAGGGUGUAAUAGGUGGGUUCAAGGCGUUGGGAACGCAGACGGGGGAUGUUAUUGCUAGGUUGGUUACGGAAAGAGGAGAGAUGAAGGAUAGAAAGAGGGAGAAGUAAAGUGUUUGGAUGUGUGUUCACCGGUUGAGAUAGGGCUGGUCAGAUCAGAUGACUCUUUGAGGCCUGACAUGGCAGGCAUUGCAUUAGUUGAAAGCUAUAUCAUCA